UCUUCAACAACACGUUACAUUUUCUUUAACCAGUUGAACUGUAAUUUUUGCAGGGCACGAUUGAAGCAGUGGAUAAGAACGUGUGCAUUUAAUCGGUAUUUUUGCAACUACUUCCCUGUAAAAUUAGUGAAAACCACCGACUUGGAUCCGAACAAGUCGUAUUUAUUUUGCAAUUUCCCACAUGGCCUAAUAUGUUUGGGUGUUUAUUGUGCCUUUGGUACAGAUGCCGCCGGUUUCAGAGAAUUGUUCCCGGGUCUCGAUAUUAAUAUAAUCAUGUUGGAACAAUUUUUCAAGGCGCCGUUUUUCCGAGACUACUGCCGCAUCUAUUCUGUUGCCAGCAGCAGUGCAGAAAGCGUGAACCUACUACUGUCGACGAAACCUGAGGCUCGAUACAGCGGAAGAGCAACAGUUCUGAUAGUCGGUGGAGCAGCGGAAGCAACGGAAUCCAAGCCAGGCACAUAUCGUAUCCUGAUAAAAAGAAGGAAAGGCUUCGUAAGACUCUCGCUGAAAAAUGGCGUUUCCAUAGUUCCUGUCUGUUCAUUCGGAGAAACGAACGCAUACGACAAGAUAACGUUUCUAAAAGGCUCAUUUAUGAAAAAGGUGAUGAACUUUAAUUGUAAAAUACUGGGUUUCCAUCCGAUCUUUUACAUAGGCUGGGUAUUGCUCCAGAACUACAUCAUUCCACGGCGAAUACCAAUCACUGUCGUUGUCGGUAGUCCGAUGGAUUUACCAAAA